GAAAUUUCACAGAAUUACCUUUUUGGGUAAUCCUAAAUUAAGAAGAGAUCGACCCAACCCAUGUGAUUUAAGUCAAAAUAAUCGAAGAAAAUCAAGAUGGUCUACUCCACCUCAACCCUCAAACCCAAUG